UUAUAUUGAUAAAUGUAGACUAGAUCUAGAUCUAGAUCUACAUUAAGAAAUUUUCCAAGAAACCAUAAAAUAGUAUUCUUGUGAAGAAUGACGAACUUAAAAAAGACCAAAUCUAAAAAACUGGUAAUACCUUCAGUGUCCAAAGGAAAAGAUCCAGCUAAGGUAAACUAUAAGACUGCUAAUGGCAAAUCAGACGAUUUAAAUCUAUGGGAUAAGUUACCUCGAGAGGUAGUUUUAAAUAUAUUCAAUCGCCUCCAACAAAGCGAUCUGUUUAGACUAGCGACGGUAUGCAAGUCUUGGCGGGAUUUGAUCCACACUACGCCACACUUUUGGCGAACCAUGCACCUGAAGCUAAGCUGUGCACACAAAUCUAUGCACAGCAAGAGGGCUCUGUGGUGGUCAAACAUUCUCGGCGGACACUUCAAGGAAUUGUGGAUCUCUUGCCAUCACGAACAUGCCGCCCAGGGUUGUAAAUCGGUGGUUAAUGAUUUCCAAAAAGUUAUCUUAAACUUACUGCAUCUAUCUCUUACGUCAUUAAAAAUAACGGACCUACAACUACAUAGCACAUGGAAUCAUUUAGUCCUCGGUACCCGAUAUGUUAUGACGCGCUUGCUGCCCAGUCUUGACCGUCUGCAGUAUUUCCAAAUGUCGUCCGCGAAUUGGCCAGUUCGCGAAGGGUUCAAGGUCAUGGACACCAUCUUGACCGUGUCCAGAGGAACCCUACAGUCGCUUGUCAUCGACGGGUUCUUUGACACGGCCACGUUGACCAAGAGACCGGCUGAGUUUGAGCGAGUGACCAACGGCAUCCUUUCUCUCAACCGCCUGACAAAACUAGGCAUCGACUACCAGCUCCUGACUGACAGCUUUGUGACAGCGCUGUCCAGGUCACACACAGGACAGCUCAAGGUACUGAAGAUCUUAGCCAGACAUAUGGAUCGCAACACGCCAAGGAUCUCUAAAAACUCUUGGCUGACUUUGAUAAAGGCUUGUCCUACAUUGAAGGUAGCGUUUAACAUUGAUGGUUUGAAUUCUUACAUCACCAUCGUUGACAUACUGGACCCGGUUCUGCCCAUCUACAAGAUACGUCUGAUGCUGAAGUCAAGUCUAGAACCGAGCGAAUGGGACGGUAUUUGCACGUCGGCUGUGCUAGGCCUCAUCACGAUUAACUUUCGGCACAGCUUGGUCAAGUUUGAGAUGGAGGUUGGACGAAGAAGUUGUUUGAUCGACCUGGCUUUUAUAAUGCUGGUGAAAUCGUGUCACCAACUGAUGGAUGUUAAGACUUGGGCCCACUUCACCUAUCCAACAACAGCGACCACAGUACGUGCAAUACUACAGGAGAGACGGUGGCAACACAAUAGAAGGAUAUUUCAGGAGAACGCCAGCAAAAGGACGAAACUAAACCCGGAAGACAAAGCAGGUCCUAGCACCGCGAACGCCACAUCUCAGGAGGGGCUGUCUGAAGAAUGAGACCUGGAAAUGAGGUGAAAAUAGCCAACGGACUUGUAGAAGAGUUAAAUUUUUACCAAAACAAAGAUCAUUACACCUUUCUCAUAUAAAACGGACACAUAUUUUCAUCUUUGAUAAAUUACUAAUGCAUUUUUUAUCACUUGUCAAAAGUAUAUCACAAAAGAAUGAAAUAGUUUUAAAAUGUACAAGGAUAUUUAGAAAGUUUAAAAAGUUAUAAGGAACGAUAAAAUAAUUACGUUAUACAAGGCAAACUCAUUAAAUUAGAUUAAAAUUUGGCCAAUAAAAAUAAUUUUGCACAUUUUUCAAUUUCUGAUACAUAUUUUAUGUUUACCAUGUGUUAUGUCGAGAAAAGUGAAAGAAAUGUAAUUUAAGUGUUUAAAAAAGCAAUGUUUUCUGGCCAUUACAUCAGUUUGUGUAUUGUAAUAGUAAAAAUGUAUUCUUCCAUUUUAGUAGACAAGUAUGUCUAAGCGAAUGUUCAUACGAUGUUAAACAAUAAACGUAACAAUACAUUAUUCACAAAACUUACAUCUAACCAUCUUUAUAAACGAAAUACA